CAAUUAGUUAUUGACGAGACUUGACGCUACUACAUUCAAUAUCUGGAGCCAACACCGCCGUGACUUAGCCACUCCGCUUAUUUAUUGCAGUUCACGACCACCGUAUCCUCGUAAUCUCCGUUAUCUCGAACCGAAUCGAAAAAUCCCUAAAUUCCUGUGAAUUUAUUACUAAAAUUAGCUCACCUUAUAGAUUUACCAGAGAUGAUGGGCUCAGAGAAUGACGAAGAGUCCCAUCUCCACUCAUCCAAAGAAGAGAUGGAGAAACUCUUUCUCCGCGAAGAUGGCGAUCCCUUGACCAAAAGCAAUGUCAACGGCGAUAAAUCCAACUCUAAUUAUCGCAGCGCUAUGUCAACUCUCUUCGACUCGCGUCACCCGUCGAUUGUCGUAACUCCAGCUGAUUCCGAUCCACUUUUUGCGCCACCGUCUUACUACAGCGAAUCUCGGAGUCCUCGUUCUAAACCAAACGGCGGCGACAGAGUCAGCUCUUACCUCGAGCCUCCGUCUUACGCGGAUGUUAUCUUCAGCCCUUUCGAUGAUAUCUCCGAGAUCAAUGGCUCAGAAGAUGGUCAUAGUCAGUCGUCAGAUUCAUUAUCUAGAUCUCCGUCUUCUUUGAGCUCUGAUUACAUCAAGAUCACUGUUUCUAACCCUCAGAAAGAGCAAGAGGCCACAAAUUCAAUGAUUCCUGGAGGAAGUACUUACAUCACUUACCAGAUUACAACUAGAACGAAUCUCUCUGACUACGGUGGAUCGGAGUUUAGCGUGAGGAGAAGAUUCAGAGACAUUGUUACAUUGGCUGAUAGAUUAGCUGAGUCUUAUAGAGGUUUCUGCAUUCCACCGAGGCCAGAUAAGAGUAUAGUUGAGAGUCAAGUGAUGCAAAAGCAAGAGUUUGUGGAGCAGAGAAGAGUUGCAUUGGAGAAGUAUUUGCGUAGGCUUGUUGCACAUCCUGUGAUCAGGAACAGUGAUGAAUUGAAGGUUUUUCUUCAAGCGCAAGGGAAGUUACCGCUUGCUACGAGCACAGAUGUGGCUUCUAGGAUGUUGGAUGGUGCUGUGAAGCUGCCGAAACAGUUGUUUGGUGAAGGCGGUGGAGCUUCUUCGGUUGAGGUGGUUCAGCCGGGUAGAGGAGGUAGAGAUUUUCUGAGAAUGUUUAAAGAACUUAGACAGUCAGUUUCUAAUGACUGGGGUGGAUCAAAACCACCUGUUGUGGAAGAAGAUAAAGAGUUUUUGGAGAAGAAGGAGAAAAUGUAUGAUCUUGAGCAACAGAUCAUUAAUGCUUCACAGCAGGCUGAAUCCCUCGUGAAGGCACAGCAAGACAUGGGGGAGACUAUGGGGGAAUUGGGAUUAGCAUUCAUUAAACUGACGAAAUUCGAGAACGAAGAAGCUGUCUUCAAUUCUCAAAGAGCUCGUGCCAAUGAUAUGAAGAAUUUAGCCACUUCAGCUGUGAAAGCAAGCAGAUUUUACAGAGAGUUGAAUUCCCAGACGGUCAAGCAUUUGGACACACUCCACGAUUACCUUGGCCUAAUGAUGGCAGUCCAGGGCGCCUUUGCAGAUAGAUCUAGUGCUUUAUUGACAGUGCAGACGCUUCUAUCUGAACUUUCUUCACUGGAAGCAAGAGCAGAAAAGCUAGAAGUUGCAUCAUCAAAGGUCUUUGGCGGUGACAAAUCAAGGAUUAAGAAGAUAGAAGAGUUAAAAGAAACCAUCAAGGUCACUGAAGACUCUAAAAAUGUUGCCAUCAGGGAGUACGAGCAGAUCAAGGAAAAUAACUGGAGUGAGGUUGAAAGGCUGGAUAGGGAAAGGCGUGCAGACUUCUUGAAUAUGAUGAAAGGGUUUGUUGCUAAUCAGGUUGGAUAUGCAGAGAAGAUCGCCAAUGUGUGGACAAAGGUUGCUGAGGAAACAAGGCAAUACGAUAGAGAGAGCUCUUAACAUGAGAGCACAGUGUAAUUUAUUCUUAUUCUUCGAUUCAUGGUUUUGAGCUUAAACCAAUUUGUCGUAUCUUUUUUACUUUGGUGUCAAAAAACAAGAGAGAGUUAGUAAAAUUCUUCUUUACUGACUCUCGUUUUAAUGGUGUAUAGUAAGAUGAAUUGUGUUUCAAAA